AGUAUGAUUAUAGACGUGGUGGCUUGCCUCUGCCUGAGCCACUGCAGAUGAAGAAAGCAUGCGCAUUCCGCUAUGCUGGAAUGAAAAACAUGAGUACCACAGCUGUUGACGAUUUCUAUGAUAUUAGAGAUAGAGAGACCCAAGAACCAGAAUGGAUGAAUUAGAGAUCGAGGAAUUCGAGGACGAUUUUGAGGCGGAUGAUUCGUUCCUCGCCCCGUCACCAUUAGUAGAACCUGCAAAAGCUGCAGGGAAAAAAGAGGAUGAGGAUGAAGCUAGCGACCUGAAGGGUCCAACUGCCACUAGUGCUUCGAGAAGAGACAACGAGGAAGAUGGAUUCGCAGCGUUUGGACUCGAAAGUGAUAAGAAUGACAACAAUGAUGUAGUAGACGCAGCUAUAUUCACUUUUGGUACGGGUACGCAAGAUAAAGAAGAAGAAGAAGAGGAUGAGGAGGAUGUUGCAGUUGCUCCUUUCGCUCUACAACGCGGAACAGAAAAGACAACUAUUGCCCCUCCUGACGAUGCGGCUUCAGAGAAGAUACCUCGGACACCUAGCAAGCCAGGAGACGAGGGAGAAGCAGCUCAGCGACAAGAUCCCGAAAGUCCUACCUCUCCAGAUUUUCUCAAGGGACUCUCGGAUGAUGAAGAUGGGAUCGACGACGACGCGAUUCUCCGAGCACCAGGUAUUGGCAUCCGCGGCGUGGCAGGGUCAAAAGUAUGGCUUUCAAUUGUGAGAGAAGUUCCGUCGAAUCGACUAACAUCAUGAUUGAGAGAAAUUGCACAUAUUAUCUGAAAGUUAAAUGCAACAAAAUCGAAGUAGGUUUAGUUGAGUCACUUGAAGUUGAAGGUUGUAACAUUUUUUUGAUAACAAAGGAGUUGUUCUAUCUUCUGCUUCACUGAUAUCAGUUGAUGUAUUUUGUAUUUCUAACAAACGAGUCCACGGCAAACCGACAAGCCGAGAGGAAAGCCGAGGAGCCUGCACCAUCUGGAGAAAAUGAGGUGCAGAGUUUUGGUGGGAGUCCUGAGGAGGCGAAAAUGGCCACAGAGGAAUUGGUAUCGGAAAAGAAAGCUGCAGGAGCAGGAUUCGGAGGAGAAGAAGGGAUUCUUGAUUAUGGUUUUGGACGAAUUUGAACGAUAAUUUUCAUCCGUUCUUGGUUAAUAACGUAAUUUUUCUGUUGAUAAACAAGAAGAAGAAGAUCGGGGGCCUGGUGCUAGGGCAUAAUGGUCAAGUGUACUAGAAGUAGAUGGAAAAAACUACUUACUUACUCACAUCUUCUUUUUCUUCAUAUUGCUUUCGGAGCAAAUAAUAUGGGACUGACCGAUGAUGAGGAGAACGCUUCCUCCGAUUUUUCAAAGUCCAAUACUAGCCAUGGAGGGAAUAGGCAGAACAAGACUUUCGGAAGACUCGCGACACGGAAGGCGAUUGAUGUCCCCGUACACGAGGAGGAGGUUGAGGAGGAAGAAGCGAUACGCUCAAAAGUGGAGCUACUUCAAGCUUCCUCAGGUUUGGAAGAAGACAAGAAGAAACAAGAAAUCGAUCUUGAUCUGAUCUUGAACCAGCAAAAAAGAAGUUCGGCAACAUCGGCGCCUGGAGAUAGAGGAGAACAAAAUCAGAAUCCGGCCUCUUCAAAUAUUAUAGGAUCAGUGGCAGAGGCGGAUCUCUUCACUUUAGCUUCAAACUCGGCGGCGGAAUCCUUAGGCGGAGGAAAACCGACAGCGGCUCGCAUUUAUGGCGUGAUGUGCAUUUUCCUUACUCAACGAAUUUGAGAUGAAACUUCAUCUUGGUCGAUUUCGAUGUAGUUAAUCGAAUAGUUACGGUUAGCUUUGUAUGAAAGAAGAAGAUCUCUAAAACCUGGAUCCUUUCGCGCCGUCCUUUCCCGGUGCAGGCGGAGCGCGGAUCGGCUUGUCGGAUCCCGCCGAUGGUGCUGGCAUGGGUCGUGGAAAUGAAGAAGAAAUCGACUUCGAGAGCCUCCUCAACGCGAAAAAGAAAAAAAAGCGGACCUUCAACACUGCAAACACUGAAGAUAGUACAACGGCGGGAGCUGGUGAUAAAGACAAAAAAGUAGAUGUCGUGUCCGGUACGGGUAUUACCAGUGCCGCAUCAACAACAACCGGCGCCAACAAUCACGAGGGCGCUGUGACGAUUGGGAUCGAGAGCACGGUUAUUGCAGCCUCUAGUACAAAUAAGCAGGCCGUGGCCGUGGAGGAGGCACCUCCACCUGCAGCACCAACCUUGGGCGCCUCGUCACCGGCGUCGGAAAAACGCGACCGGUCUUUCGUGGAAAAAGUGGCAACCGUCAACUACAUGCAACCUUUUCAAGAGCAGGAACGCCUUCACUCACCUGGCAUGCCGCCACCACUCAUUGCUAAGGCGAUGUACAUUUGUUCAGAAUCAAUUAGAUCAUGGCAGGAUGAAGGGCAUGGGGGUGGGUCUAGUUUUGUUGAUUCAUUUGGCUUACGUUUUUAUGAUAUGUACUUAUCCUUUUAAAUUUAAAAGCGUGCAUUCUAAGUUCGAUGUAGGGGAAUUCGACGUGCCGGGCGGCAUUGUUACGGACGAAGAGCGUCCAGACGCCGAUGACGAUGAUCUACUGAGGAGACGGCGAAGGGAGAUUAAUGGGGAAGUAAUUGACGAGGCCGGGGCAGGUGCUGUAGCUAUGUUGCGGAUGAAUAUCACAACAAUAUGAAUACUUUUGAUGUCCUAUCUUCAUGUCAUCAUAUUCUUCGUGUCUUUGCUUUUCCUUAUUCUGUGUGUACGACACGAUGGGUCCGUCUCUCAUGCACUUUUUCAGGCGUAUAAUCUACGGAGGCUUUGUGCUUGUUUACGCAUGGGUCUCGGUUUCAUUUCUAACAUGGAAGAUGAAGUCGUAGCAGAAAUUUCUGACGAAGUAGAGGAGGAAGAUGAUAUUACGCAGAUCAAUCGCAUUAUGGGGACACCGCCACCGUCAAGACCCAGUCGGCGCACAGAUGGGCGCAGGGAGGCUCCGCAGGGCAGACAACGGAAACCAGCGAAUGAGGCGUCAGCACAAGCAGCUACUGGUGCAGCUCCUACAAAUACUACGGCGAAAGAAAAAAAGACUGCAGAGACCACGGGAGUAUCAGCAGCACCAGAUGAAGGUCAACAGCGCAAGGCUGGCGACAGGAAACGUGCAGCGCCUACGGGAGUAGUUGUUGUUGAGCAAGGCCCAUCUGGUGUCUCCACGGCCGCUGCUUCCAGUAGCAGCGCACAACGUGGACCAGAAAAUGCAUCUGCGGAGGCUGACCCGAAAAGUGCAAGUAGGAGAAAUGUAGAGCAGGAAAACGGUUCCAAGGGCCGGCCACGAGGGGGAUCGUCGGGUCCUUCGAAGAACGCAAAUCAGCCUGGAAAGAAGGAUCGCAGCGCCGUUUCAGGUAAUGCGGUGGGAGCACGACGCGCUGGACCUCCAGUUGGUAUGCUUAUCCUUCGCAGUAGCAAGCCCAUAGAGAUAGAAAUUAUUCUCCAGAAGUAAAUUUCUUCUUCUUCUGUUUCAAGAUUAACAAACUGUGAUAGCUUUUCUUGCGUUUUCAGAUUAUGUAGUUUAUGAUUCAACCUACUUCGACUACUCGUACUAGGUCCAGAGAAACGAGCACCUGUACUGGGGGCACAUGUUGCACAGAGUUAUGCGGACGACGAAAAUGUUGAUGCGUACUCUGACGAUUUUGAGGAUGUCGCAGACGGAUCGCUGACAUCCACGUCGCAUAAGAACAAAGUACUAAUUUACAACAGCAUGGAAUAUUUGUUAUGGUGUUGUCGAUUUUUUAAUGCUUUGAUUUCAUGUGCCAACACCUGCAACUCAUGAAUAUCAAUCCACAUGAUUAACAUGAUUUUUGCAAAUGAAUUUAAUAAAAAAGGUUGACACUGGCUCUGGCACCACUGCGGCUUCAAGCACAAGUGGCGUUGCGCGUACUCCUGCCGCGAAGCCAGGUAGCAGUAGCAGUAGUGCGUCAACUAAACAGACGGCGGCGCCUCUGAUUCCAAUGAACAAUGGAGUUGUUAUGCUGGGUGGACGACCAAAGCCGAUGAAGGCCGGUCCGGUGGGAAAGAACCGAGCACAACAUUCGCAAUUGCCGACUCAAACGGCAGUCUAUCGACCGGCACCAACGCACAAGGAACGAAGCACCAAAGGCGUCAUCCUGACGCACGAAAACGCACAGAAUCUUCUUUUAUGGGUGAUAAGUCUCUGCACCUCGAGGCUCCUUAGUGUAAUGAGAUCCAAAUUAUAUUUACGAAACAAAUAGAGCAGUUAAAGUUGUAACGAAGUUGACGAUUCGAGGUUCUUGGUCUAAUCUCUCGUGGGGGAGGAGCGGCUGGUAGUGGGGCAGGGGGAGGCGGCGGUCCACUGAGCAGGCGCGUCGCCGACCGAGGUGCCAAGACCGCGCAGCUAAAUGUCAAACAAAGUGCAGCAUCCGUAGGUGGUCCGGCUCCGCGUCAACCAGUGCCACCCUCUUCACGGUACCAGCUAUAAAACAUUUACUACUAAGACCGUUUGAUUAAUAGGUCUACAUUCUAGGCCAAGGUCAAGCACUGAGUUAUCUACUUCAAAUCUCAUGUAGUACUAUCAUGUAUUGCAUUUUCAAGUUCAUAGAUAGUACAUACUCAGUUAUAACAACAACAACUAUUUCUGCUAGUAGUACUCGUCACUCCACCCGCAACGCACAACAGCCCCGGUUCCAGCAGGAAGGCGGCUCCAUUGGACACUGGAAUUUCGACGGAGAAUGUGGAUCCAGCAUGGCUGCCCCCCCAAUAUAGAGACGUGGCUUCUAAGGUCAUGGAUAGCUGUUCAGAGGCGGGAUAUUUGGGAAGCCCGCGUCGCAUCAGUCCUAGUCGACCUGGCACGAACGCGUCUCCAACUCGCAAGAAUAAGGAUCAUACGACACAUACAGAAGGAGCUACAACAUCCGGUGCAGCUCUGUCUCCAACAGUCAUUCCGGAACAAGUCGAGGACAGUGAUCAUGUAGAACAAGAUGGUGGUCACGCUUCAAGCGAUAGUCAGGAGCCAGUAAAAUCGGGCACAGAUGAUGGUGGUCCUAAGCAGAAGCCGAGACCAGAAAAUGGUGCUGCGUCAACUGCACGUCCUACGCAGAGUAGGCAAGGGGUGCGGCCGCGGAACAAAGCGGAGGCACGAGGUAUGCAAUCACAAACGAGUUCGUCGAUGCCUCCACCAGACGUCCGCAACAAGGUUGAGGAGUACUACGACGAAUACCAAAACGCCAUGCUACCACCAGGAGGGUAUGAGUAUCACUUGUCUUUUAGAUCUACACUUUGAGAAAGGUACUUACACAUAUUUUUUUAGGCUACAAUGCUUGUAGCACGUCCAUCCAAUGCCUACCUUUUCCCUACUAGCAAAAUAAAUUAAAUCUGAAAAAAUUUCGAUAUAUUUUUCAGGAGUGCUGUACCGCUGAUACGUUCACCGACAGCUGCGUCGGGUAUGAGCAGGAGGACGCGAAACACUGAAGCCAGGGUGCCUGAGUUUAUGAGGAUGCAGAAAGCGAUUGAUAAAGUACUGUUGUUACUUAGCUAGUUCCUGUCGUAUACCUCUAUUCUUCUUGUGAUCGUAUUCGUAAGCAGUGAAAUACAGAUUUUUUAAUAGUUCUACUCUUGAUCAUAUUGUAUUCUGAAUUCGCGCUGAUGAUGUGGAGGUGGACUGAAAGUCGUUUUCUCGUACUUUUAGGACAUAAAAACAUAGAAGUUUACCCUUCUGCCUCUACGACAAAAUAAUGACUUAACACCAUGUUGCUUCACCUUCAGGCCCGCAAGCAGCAUGUGCUCGCCGAGUUGAACCAAAUGCUUCAAGAGACCUGGCGGGUGGAAAAACAAGAGAAGAUGCGUGCUCUUAAGACGCAAUGGCGAGAAGCUCGCGAAGAAGCUUUGAGACAUCAACAGGCGGAAAAGCGCAAAAAAAUUGAGGCUAUAGAGGAAGAGCGUCGAAGCUAUGUGGAAAAGCAGCUAAGGGAUCGGAAGAACUACCUUUAUGGACCAUUUGGAGGAUGACAGCUUGUGAACUUACCAGUUACCACUGGUAAGUACGAUGAAGAUGGAUUUGGUUUCCCAUCACGAAAAAUAUGACCUAUCUGUUCUGCAUUAGUCGCAAAAUACGGGCACUACUACAAGAAGCAUUCUAGUUUGACUGUUUGAUUGAAGCUGAACAAUCUGGAUCUGCCUAACGUUUAAUAUGUUUCCUCCUGCACUCAUUUCUUCUAAGAUGCGCGUCGCAAGGAGGAAGACCGUCGACGCAAGGAAGCAGAGGAGUUGAAAUUUGCGGAACUAAAGCUGGUCUAUGACGAUAAACUCCGUCAAGAUAAGUUGAAACAAGUGGCCCGCGAACGUGAACUGCAUCGCGAAAAAUAUCGAAGAAAGAUCAAAUUCGUGAUGCCGGCAGAAUGGCAGAACUAAGUCGCUUUUAUUGAAUGGACAGUGAACAUGAUGCACUUGGUGUCGGAUUUGCUUCUCCGGUAGUUGAGGUGCGAUACUUGAGAUCCGACGAGGACGACCGGCACGUGCCUUACUACACGACGACAGAAGGCCGCAUCAUGUACUGUCGACAGAGCAACUUGGGGUUGAAGCCGAGCAAGAAGCGACAAGAUAGGAUUAUUAUCGCAUCGAUGAACAAGAGCGACUGAGAUAAAGAAAAUGUACUCGUACUUCGACUUCCUUUUGACACAUUUGUGACUGUGGAAUUUAGAAGUUACUACUCCCGAUUAUACUAUUCUCUGAAGAUGACAAGUUUGGUACUCUUGCUGCACAGAUUGGAGACCUAGAAAAUUUACAAGCGAUUGAUACUACGACCAAGCGAGAUGAAAUAACAAUCAGUGUCCUGCUGCUAGAUGAUCUUUGAAGUUGAACGACGAUAUUCGCGUAGUACUUAUCCAUUAUAAUAUAUUUACCUAAUCCAUCGAUCUUGUUUUGAUUCCGCUUUCGGCCUAUUCCAAGGAAGAUUCAAUACCAGAAAAAGAUAUUUUGAAAUGAAUGUACUUGUGGUUUUUUACUUCUUGCACUUGCUACGCAAUUAUAUUGACUAAAUUUGAUUUUAGGCUCGAUCGCUACAACGGGUACUAGAGAUCUGAAUAACGAUACUGAUCUUGACUUUGAGUCUAUGUAAUACAGCUCCUUAGGUGAUCGAGAAAGGAUCACAACACGGAGCGAACACAUGACAUGAGUUUAAUGUUCAGAUAUUGAAUAGUUUUUACUUUUACAAGUACUUAUCUAGUAGGCUUUUCGGUCCCCAUCGGCCAACACUAGUCGCGGUCAAUCCAUCGUCACGCAAAAUCAGUCUCUCCAACGAACUUUUUAUCUAGAUUCUUGAUGAUCUAUCUUCAGUCUUUUUCAUAUUGUGUAGGAGGUUCAGUUUGAUCUUUAGUUCUUUUGGACAGUCUUGGUAUCAUUUAUAAUUCAUUGUGAUCAUAUCUUCGUACUUGAGAAACCAAUUACUUAAGAAUCUCUCCAAGUACUUAUAACAACGUCUGGGCACAUCUUCUGUCAUUAUUCCUCUGAUGGUAAAAUCCAUUUUUGAAGAUGAAAAAGUAUAAUUAUCGGGUUGUGCCAUCUAUCUAUGUGAAAAUGAAUGGCCCGAAUGGAGCUAGCCUAAAUGUAAUAAAUGUGCGUAUUUGGAUAUAAAAACGGCACUGCUGCUUUUGUAUGUUGCGUUGCAGAAACCUGCUAAAGCUAAAAAGCGGAGCAGGCAAUAGCCAAAGUCUACGAUUCUGGAUAGCGGGCGUCAGUGCUGUGGGACGAUGGAG